AUGUUCUCCACUUUUCUCGUAGCAUCUGCUGCUAUUGUCUUGGCAGGCAGCGCUCAUGCCCAGACUACCCACGAGGUCAUGACCGAUGGCCUGGCUUACUCGCCAAACACCCUCAACAAUGUAGCGGAAGGUGACAUGGUCCGAUUGACCUUCUCCAAACAAAUUCCUCACAAUGUCUUGUCGAGCACUUUCAAGACACCUUGCACUUACGACUCCGAGGGCGGUGUUGCCUCUGAGGUUUACAACAAGGGAGAGGUCUUCGUCUGGACCGUCAACUCGACGGAUCCCGCUUUCUUCUUCUGCUCGGUCGGAGAACAUUGCCAGAGCGGAAUGAUUCUCGCCAUCAACCCUACGGAUUCCGAGACCCAUGAAAUGGCCGUGACCAAUGCCCAAGGAUCUGAGAGCAAGGGAGCACCUGAGGGUACCGUUGUCGGAGGCAUGGUUGAGAUGGCAGGUUCCAGCGGAUCCGCGAGCUCCAGCAUGUCCAUGAGCUCCAGCAUGUCCAUGAGYUCCAGCAUGCCAAGCUCCAGCAUGACCAUGUCUGGCAGCUCUAGCAUGGCCACCGGUUCGAGCACUGCGACCAACUCACCUUCUGCCAGCGCUACCGGUAGUGAUACCUCGGGCGCUGUCUAUGGAAUGAAGUCCAGCGUCGCAAUGGUCUUGGCYAUUGGUGGAGCUGCGAUUGCCUUCGCCCUCUAG